CACAGUGACGAGUCCAGCCCACCAAGGACACCGGAUUCAGUCUAUGUCGCAGACUCUUCAGUGUCCAGUUUCCCAUUUGGCUCCCUAUACAAUCACUCUAAAUCAGCAUUCCCUUAUCCUCAGAGCAGCCCCUAUGAAGAAACUGGCAGCUUUCCCUCUCAGACCUGUACAGCUCAGAUCAAGACUUCUGAAGAGAAGGUGGCUCCACUGUAUGAGUACGAUUGCUCCUCGUUUUUAUUUGAUGAUGCGACUCCUUUCAUGAUGCCACCUUCAGCUUCACCACCCCCAUCAUCACCUGAGCAGGUCCCAGUACCAACUCCUCCUUCUGCUUCCAAUGUAACCAUGACACCAAAUUCCCAUGGGUCAGUCACAACAGUCCCUCCAGUCACUGUGUCGCAGUCCAGCCCUAAAAUAUCAACUCACAGCAUGACUCUAUCCCCAGCCGCCCCCAACUGCGGCCAAAUCCCGGCACCUUCUCAAGUUGCAGACUUACCUCCUGUACCAGUGCUGCUAUCAGUUUCAAACACCCAGACGCAACCUUUUAUUCCCAGCCAGAGGGAGACAAACGCCAGUUCAAAGGACAACCCUCCAAGCCAGACAUCAUCAUCUUGGACUGCCACUAAUGGCAACUUUGUUCCAAGCCAGAUGUCCCCUGAUAUAACAGCCUCAAAAAUAUCACUUGUUGAAGCAGUGAAAGAGAGAAGGCUCGAUGCCCCACAGACCAGGAUUUACACGUCAAAGGCAACUUUUUAUGAGAUCUCUAAACCUCCCUCCAUGCAGGAACUCACAGUAAUAAACCCAACCUGCCAGGAAGCAUCAUUAUCGGCUGUAAACCAGGAGAAAACUGCUUUGUCAGUGGUGAAAACUGAUCAGAAACUAUCUGUGUCCAAGACCCAAUGUGGAAGAUCUAAGACUCCCCCUUGCACACCUUCAAGAGUAUCCACCCCCUUCAUUGAAAUAUCAAAACCUAACCCACUUUUAUUUGCUUCAAGUCCUGCUUUCAACUGCUUCCCUGAUUUACAAGCUUCUUCUACUCCCAAUGAGGCUCCUAAACACAAGCCAGUAAUUCAAACUAGCGGUAUAAGUAAACCCCUUGCUGCUAAAGAAGAACUGAAGUGGACUGAUGCUAAUCACAUUACUCCCAUCAAACAAGCUAGCAAUUACAAAAAGAAAGAAAUUCAAAAUAUUCAAAAGAGCACAUUAAAUUUAAGCUUUGCUAACACUGAGCUGUCCCCCAAGGAGAAAUUAGCAUCAAGCAUUACUGAACCCGACUCCGCUGUCACUAAACCAACACUAAUAGAACCUGUUACCCCAAACCUAAAAACAGACCAAGUUCCAGACAGUGAGGCUUCACAUUUGCCAAAGGUUCCAUCAUUUCUCUCUACUGUACCAAAGACUUCAAAUCUUAGCCCUACAAAAGUGAUUGUACAAGCACCAACGAGCCCAAGUCCCCUGUCAUCCACCUAUCGUCCGCCUGUGGUCAAGGCACGCAAGUCCUUGUCAUCACUAUUGGAGACUCAAAUGUCAUUAGCAACCUCAAAGUCCAAAUCCCGAUCAACGUAUUAUGGGCUUACUCCAGCCGAGUAUGCUGCCUACGGUGGGAUUAGGAGUAUCGCAUCACAUCACAGCCCUGUACCCUGCAGGGUCAACGAAACCUCUUCAAACAAAACACAGCCAGAUAUAGCUGUAGAUGUCUCAAAGUCUGAUGCAACAAAACAACUCAAUGGACAUCAAGAUCUUCUCUCUUCGAUGGAGGUGUCUGCUGCUCACAUUUUACAACCUCUGUCAUCUUCAAAGGAUUCAGAGCUUCCAGCAGAGCGGAUGGUCAAACAUAGCAAAGAUGUGUUUGAGGAAAGUCGGUCUGAAGCUCACAGUAUUGGAAUGCAACCGGUUAAAACAUCUAGUGUGGACUCAAUAAAACCUGAGCUUCCCCUUGGCUUGGUACAGAAAAGUAUGCAACAAUCCACAAGUGACGUAUCCACAUCAAAAGCCUCAUACUCUGAGGCUCCAGUACCAAUACCUAAAGCAGGUGAGGUACACACACAGAGUGUGGCACUGUUUCCUAUAGAGACAGCUCUAAAUACAACUCAAUGUCUGACCAAUAGCAGUGGUCUGUCUAGUUUUUCCUCACCAUUAGUGAAAGUAGAUUCAAAUGCAGAAACACAGCAUAUUGCAAAAGUCAUAGAUGUCAUAGAGAAUGGUGACAAACUUGAGAAAACAUCUACUAUUUCUCAACCUAAUAUAAACUGUAAGGGAGAAUCCAAUGUCACAAAACUAGAGUCAGGAAAAAUAGAGACAGCUCCGAUCCAAUCUUACCAAACUGCCAGUGGUGUUAGUCUGUCAGUAACCAAUGGUCUCAAUGUUCAACUCACUGCCAAGCCUGUAAAAGAUCUAGUUGACGGCAAAAACCUACUUGUUCAAUCUCCUGCCACAGAGUUAAAACCAGUGCAAAAUGGUGCAAUCAUUUCAGGAAUACAGCAAUCCAUCAAACUAGUUUCAGAAACACCAUUGCACUGUAAAGUGGCUACUGAAACUGUUUUACACAAACAAAAGGAAGAGUUUAACCAGCAUAUCAAGGCAAGCAGUGAGGUUGUUCUACCCAAUAAGACAAACAUGGGGCACGUUUUGCCUUUUAUGAGUGCUAAUAAGGAACGUAUCCUUGACCAAACAAACGCUGAGCCCCAAGUCUCAAAUAAAUUCUCUAAAAACCAAAUUAUGACUACCACAGGAUAUAUGUUGCCACAUGAGCCUGUCACAGCAUCUAUAUGUUCUGCAAAAUCCAAUAUCUGCACAGUGUCUUCAGAUGAGCAAGGCAGCAAAUUAAUGCAACAGCUCAGCACAGAAACUCAAAUUUACAGACACAGUGAAAAAGUAGACAAUAAGAUCUUUCAAAAAUCUUCCCAAGCCCCAGUUUUACCAAAUCCAACUGCUGUAAAUACUGUCUUAAUAGAUAAACCUACCACAGAAACCAAACUACCUGACCAAUCCAUCAUUUCAACCAAAUUACCCAUCGUUUCAGACAUUAAAUUCCCUUUAGGGACUGACUCGUCAAACUUAGAGACAGACCAACAACCAGCAAAAGAGCCCCCAAAGAUACACAAAACUAGUGACAAUGUAUUUCCAAACAGCAGCAUGCGACCCGGUUUCAAAGAUAAACUUGUUCAUGAAGUAAGUUUCUACCCAAACAACAGCAGAGCUGUAGUAGAGUCUCCACGAGCAACUGAAAAUAAUCCAAACAUCCCUGUUAAAGAUGCAAUACUGUCGAGCCAACCAAAUAUAGAAACCAAACUCCCAACUUAUAAUAAUACUGACACUAACCGAGUAAGCAGCUCAACAGUAGACAAAGAAGUGCAUCCACAGCCUACCACUGGACGAGUAGGUUUAUUGACUGGUAAAAUACCAACAGAGUGUCUUCCCACCAUACCUAUUAUAGCAGAAAACAUUCAAACUAAAUGUGUUAUUGAAACGAAAAAUGCUUCUAAUCUUUCAAAUGGAAACACCAUACUGAACAUACCUAGUAGUGAAACCAAACUAUCCAACAAACCAUGUGCAGGAUCACUUACUGUCAGCAAGUCUUCCACAAACAUGGUUUCACCUGGAAAACCAGGAGGUGUAGACACGAUUCAACAUGGCAGAGCAGUUAAAGAAACUGCACAGUCAAACAAAUCAAAUUUGGGCAGCAAUGCUCACAGUAUUAUUGCCACUGAAAGCAACCCCCCUAACAAGCUUUACACAGAGGCUGUUCUGCCAAUGAUGACAGACCCAACAAUGAGCGGUAAACCAUCAUUUAAUACUGCACAGGUGCCGUCAAGCCCUACCAUCAGGCGGGUCAUUCCAAAAAGUCCUCAGCUGAGAUCAGAGAGACCUGACAGUCGAUCUGCAACAAAGCCAGUCAUCGAUGCACAAUUGGUUUCUGGCUCCGUUGCCCAAACAAGAUUAAACUCAAGAGCAGGCAUUAAACAGAUUGACCCUGAAACAUCUGCACCUCAAAUUACUGCUAAAACUACCGUAAAAGAACAAUCCUCUAUCAAGUCAAUUAUAGACAAAACAACUUCAACAAGUCCCCACACACAAACUAAAAGUUCUGUAACAUCACUGACUGAGACUAGAAUUUCCUCCUCUUCUGGCUAUGUUACGGCAAACAUACCUGGUAUCAGUGUACAACAGCAAUCCACUGCAUGUCAAAACACUUUGUCUGGAGAUAAUGUUCAAACCUCUGUGGAUUUAAUUAGCUCUCAGACUGGAGUGAAACAGAUAAGGCAAUCUGUCACUGAAACAAGGAAAUCUAUAGACACCACUGUUCAUAGUGCAAAUGCUCAAACCCUCUCACACACUGCUUUAAAUAACUAUGCUGCUACAAAUAUUCAUCCUCUUGCUGAACCCAUCAGAGAUGUUAAAGCCCCUCUUAGCCCUCCAAGAGAAAUCAGACACUUAACCAGACCUUGGGCUGCAAUAAGAGCCUCCCCACUACCAGAACCAAGAGUGUGUAAUACCCCUAUACAAACCUAUACUCCAACCUUACCCCAGACCUCUAAAACUCCUGUCUCUUUUAACCAUACCACAGAAACUAAACCCUCUUCAGUCAUAAUGAAAGACCACACACAGAUUCCUAACACACCUACUAGCACUCAACCCUCUGCUAAGUUAAUCACAGAGAGUAUUUCAAAACCAGAAUUAAAACAACCCACAACUAAGGACACUUCAGUUAUGACUAACAGUGCUGGCAUAAAAGUACAUUCCCAAAUGCAAUACGUAAAAACAAACCCAAAUUCCAGUGCAGAAGGAAAACUCCCCUCACUGAAUACUAAAACUAGCACUACCAUCCAUACUACUGAUCCUGUUUUAACCAGUAAACCUGCUCUUAAAGCACAACCUCCUACUAAGCAGGUAGAAACAAGACCAUCCUCUGCCACUGUAGAAACACAACCCUCAGUUGUAGAAACCCCUGAUCUGGUACAGAUUAGGUCGCACACCAGUAAUGUUCAGCCUUCGACAGAGCUACCAAUAGAGAGCACAUCUCCUGCAAAGCCAGCAACAGAUACUGUCAUGAAACCAUCCAUAGUUAAAGACGCUGUGACUGAUUCUGCCACUCCUGCCUCUCUGCCUCAGGCCUCAGUCUCAGUCAAAGCUCCAUCUCCAAACAGAGGAAUGUCACCGCCAUCUCAGCAAAAAACUGGACUCACAGACAAGGAUGUUCUGAAGAUCAAAACUACACCUGCAACGACGGAAGCCCCGGCAGUCGAACCCUCCACGAAGUCAGCGACAUCAACUGCAUCUUCAACUGCUGACAAAAAGGUUGUUACAGCAGAGAAAUCCUCCUCAUCCACUGAGCACAAAGGAGCCCUGAAGCCGAAAGGCCUUAAGGGUAUGCUCAGCGGAUGGACACGGCUCAAGAAACACAUGGUCGUUGAACCAGAAGAACCUCCAUUUCCAGAGCCAGAGGCCAAAUCUCAGGAUGAUUCCAGUGGCAGCAGCGAAAAAAUAGAUCAAGUUGGUAAUGAUAAUUUGUUAGUAGACCAGUGUGCCAAUCAGGAGGUUGUUGAUAACAAAGAUAGUCCCAAGGCACUGAAGAUGUGGGACGCCCUCCUCUUUCAAAUGUUCUCCACCAAAGAGAAAAUCAUGCACCAGAUAAACACGGUCAAGAAUGAUUCAGACAAGAAAAAGGUCCCAAAAGAAAACCAGGCAGAAGUUCCUUCUUUUGUCAAUCGCCUGCCAGUUUUACUUUACAGCCCCCGAUUUGACGCCAGAAAGCUCAAAGAGGCGGCAGCGAAGCCACUCACAAAAAUAGCAGCAGUGUUUGAAAGGGGGCUGCUGAAACGUAAAUCUCAGGAAGACGAACAAAAAGACUUCAACAGAACAGCCAGAGGAUUUGGCUCGUCAAAAACUAAAAACAUGUAACUUAGACUGAUACAAAAGUAUGUUUGAGAUUGAUAAAUGACAUGUGAUUUGUAAUUCAUUCUCUUGAUGAAUUAUGUAAUUCAUCAAAACCAUUUAUGGAUUACUGCAACAGAAAAACUGAUCUUUAGGAGGUAGAUUAUACUUGAGGGGAAAAAGGAUUAAAAGUGUUGAUUACUGCAUAAUCACCAACUAUUUGACCCAAUAAUGGAGCUAGAACUUUUCCAUGUUCUUUAAAUUUAAAUUUAUACUGCAAAGAGUGUACAAAGUUUCACUCUGUAGUUGCUCAAAGAAAACUCAACCCUUUACCAUAAAUAUAUAUUGAUCUGUCUGAUAUUUUCAUCAGUUGUGGUUAUUUAAGUUGUAUAAAAUAGUGUUAGUUUUGGUAGGUUUUAGAGGUCAAAAAUAUUAAUAUAGAUGUAAUACAAGGGUAGCAUCUUUGCACUUUUCAUAAAAUCAAAUGACAAGUAUGUGAUUUGAUAAAAAGUAAAAAGUUAAGGCAAAGAAAGAAAGGAACACUCUGCAACUCUACUUGGUUAGAUCUUUUUUUCAUUUGAUGAUGGAUGUAGUGUUGAAUGCAUGUACUGAAGAUACUAAGAUUGUUUCAUUUGUCAUGCUCUUUUUCUAUUUUUCUAAACAAAGUAAGGUUUAGUGUUCACCGCUGGUAGGAAGUUUUUAAUCUAUGUAAUAUAUAGAGCUUUUACAUUCCUGGAACAACAAGGCAGGUGGAUUUUGAAGGAAGGAAAACAGAAAUGGUGAAGGUCUAGACAGAUUAAAUAGCUUCUGCAAGUCAGGUAUGGAUAGAAAUGUAGCAGGGGAUGUCUGGGCUCUCAAUCAGGGCAGGAAACUACAACCACACAGGCUGGAACAUCCUGGGACUGGGCAAUAUGGAAAACUAUAAUGGUAACUAUAAGACCUUAUUUUAAUGUCAGUACAUAUGACUGCGCAGUAUCAGAUUUGUUCUAAAGGUAUUUGGUUGAUGAUCAAUGUCAAUCUGUCAGUCAGUCGGUCCACCUCUUUGGUCCAGACCGAAAUAUUUCAGCAACUAUUAUUGAAAUUGAUUGCAAUGAAAUCUUUUACAGAUAUUCACGGUUCCCAGAGGAUGUAUCCUAAUGCCUUUAGUGAUCAUUUGACUUUUUGUUUUAGCGCCACCAUGACAUUCACAUUUUAGGUUUUGAGUGAAAUAUCUCAAGAACUAUUGGAUGGAUUGGCAUGAAAUUUGCUAUGAAUAUUCAAUAUCCCUGGAGGAUAAAACCUAAUGACUUUGGUAAUUUUCUGAAUUUUCAUCUAAAGCCUUCAAAAUUCAAAUUUGUCCCCUGCUUUUGUUUAUGACCAAAAACUUGCAAAACUAAUGACUUUCCUAUUCCCAAUUGCACUUUGGCCUUAUUGCUAAUUGGCAAAUGCUAGCAUGCUAACCAGCUACACUAAGAUGGUGAUUCCAAUAAAUAUUACCUGCUAAACAUAAGCAUAUUAGCAUAGUCAUUGUGAGCAUUUUAGUAUACUGAUAUGCUAACUACGUGGCUGUACACCUUUAAUCUGGUCUCCAUUCGCUUAUGCAGUAAUAGGAAGUCAAACUGCAUUCUCAAAUGUUUUGAAAACUGACAUUAUAAUUGCUUUUUUUACCAUCACAUCAUACAUUGCCUAGCCCUAGUGCAACUAACUGGAACAGAAUUUACAGUAUUUUCAGUUUUCAAUAACAAAACAUCAUCAUCAAGUUAUAUAUUGUUCCAGAAAGUUGAAGAUCCAUUAUUUUCAUCCAGCAGUGAUGAUAUGAUGAUAAUAUUUGCAGACAGUUUAACAAAUAAACUUGCUGACUUGCAUUGCUCUGCUGGUGGUAAUUUCCUGCUUUGUGGUGGAUAGUCCAGGACUUGUCAACCGUAUUACUGAGUUUAGAUUGUAAUUUGGAGGUGAAAACGAAUGAAUGAUGAUGAUUAAGGUGAUGAGGCCAUUGUAGGAACACAGACUGAAGGAAAAUGGAGUGAUAGCUGGAGAGGAAGGACAGAUGUUAGAUGUGGUGUGUGAUGUCUCACAGGUUUGGAGGAUUUUGCUGCUGCCACAGCAGGUGCUGUAACUGUUUUGACCUUUUUGUCUCAAUACUCAAUUUUAAAAAGGAUUGUUUUCCCCCAGACAACCAUCAUGAUGUGGAAUUUCUUUUAGGUUUAAGCUAGCUAGCUAGCUAGCUAGCUAGUCACAGCCACAUUUAUUACACUGGUGACUGUAAUGACAUGAUUGUAACAUGUUUUUCUUUACUGUGUGAUUCUUUAAAAUGCAUAAAUUUGAAUGUGAAACUCUUGUCUCUCUUGUUUUGUUUUGUUUGUUUUUUUUUAUAACAAUGCUUCAAAUUCUAAUUCAAAAACUUAAAAUUCAGCAAUAUUUCCAACAGAAGUAGUUCCAACUGUAGGUUUAAAAGGUGACACAUCAUAGACGAUAAGUUGUUAAAAAGUUAAGGAUGGUGAUAGUUGAUAUUUUUGCUAUUGUCAACAAAUCCCAUGAAAAGACCAAAACCAACAAUGUGUUAGUCCAUCUUUCAAUACUUUCAGAUCCUGUCUGUGAUGCUCAUGUAAAACAUUUUUAAAAACAGGUAUAGGUACAGAUAUAUAGUCUCUUUUUUUCAAAGGCUCAGUAAUUUCCUAAACCAGCUGGUCACUGUAGUUUUAAGCAAAUGUUACUCAAACAGAAAUGGUGUAUUUGUUGGGAACUAUUUUCAGCACUGGAUUAAUACAUAUUUUGGUGUCUCUACUCAGUAUUUCUGGAAACAGGAUGAUAUAUGUGGGAUUGAGUCAAA